AUGAAUUCGUUAUGCACCCCCAACGGCCGCUUCAAACUCUACUGCCCACCGUCCCCUCCACGCAAGCAGAUGCCUUGGGAUGGCAGUUUGGCGGAGCACUGUGGCCGGGAUGACCGGCUGGGCCCUGCGGCCGUGGCCUCGGUCAGCUCCGCGGUGGCCUGCACUCUGGACCCCCGCAGUGGCCCUUCGCCCCUUUGCCCGCGGCGCCCUCCCGGACCUGCGCAGCCUCUCUCUCUUCCAUCAGACCCCCACCCCCGCCUCCCGUCGCAGGUCACCUGUCCAGGCGCGGCGGGUGGAGUGGACCCGCAUCGCCCCUCUCCUCCCGAGCGGAGCUCCCUGCGCGGGUCGCGGAAGGAAGGUCAGCCCGAGCCCCGCUCUGGCUCCCGCAACCGGAAUCCCCGCCCUGCCCCGUGGAGGGAAACGGGGGCCGGGGACCCGGAGAGACAGACUGGGAGACAGACUCCGGGCCUCCCACGUCCAGGCCGAGAGCGCGUGUCCGGCGGCGCUGGGCGCUUCCUCCGCCGCCCGCCCCCACCGUCGGAGCGGGGCCUGCCGCCCGCAACCGGCCUGUCCCGAGUCCGGGCUCGCGGGCGCGAGCAGCCGGGGCCGCGCAGGGUCCCGGGAUGGAGCGGGCGCUCGAGAGAAGGCCCGCGGCCCCAGGGACCGCCCCGCCCGCACCCCGGAGCCUCGCGGCCGUCGGCCGGUCCUGCCUGGCGGACGCCUGUCUCAGGACCCCAACCUGCCUGGUCUCGCGUCAGGCUCAGCGCAGCCGCCGUGCAGCCGGACGGCGGCCGCAGCAUGCGUGGCCCCCAGCCCGCCGCCGCGCCCGAGCUGGGCCCAGACAAGGAGGCCGGAGGCCCCGCAGCAGAGGCCAUGGUGGGUGCCCGGGAGAAGGGCCCUCGGCUGGGCCAGCGGCUGCCCUCGAUCGUGGUGGAGCCCAGCGAGCUGGGUGCGGUGGAGAGUGGGGAGCUGCGUUGGCCCCCAGAGGGCGCCCAGAGGGGGUCCGCCCGGAGCCAGGCUGAUGCUGACCCCUCACCGCGUCCGCCGGGAGCACCGGGGGAGGCUCCAGCUGACGCUGAUGAUGAGCGUGCCAGCUCCGCGGGCCAGGCCCCCUGCGCCCGGCGGUAGGACAAGGACCGGCCAGAUCCUGCCAUCCCCCGGCUCUGACAGCUGAGAGGGGGCCUCCGCCCCGGAGCGGCUGGGCUGACGCUUCGAGAGGCCUGGGCCUGCCCGGGCGCCCAGUGGGCACAGCCGAUCACCACUCCUCCUGCCUCACCAGGCCCACCAGCACCGCCCCCACCCCUCCCGGCUGCGGCCCAGGGUUUGGAUCACACCCUCCUGCUUCUCCGGUGGGAAGCACAAAUAAAGGCUCAUCCUGG